AUGAACAAGAUGAUUCUCAGCUGCGUUUUGGUCUCUGUGUGUGCGUUGUUGGUCGCUGCCGUCUUGCACGGCCGCAACGUACGCGCUCGCCGUUCGCAGCCCCCGCCCCGACCUGCUCACUCUCUUAAUGAGUGCGGCCAGCAGGAAGAAGCCCUGCCCGACUCGACAGCUUCAGGACCGACCAACGAGCAACUCUUGGCCACCAGAGUACUCCAGUUGGAAGGUCAACUGAACGAUUACAAGUCCGUAUGCGACAAGGUUUGCGCCGAGAACACAGAUCUCGAUAUCGUCAACUGGCGGUUGAAGUUUGACCUGCAGGAAUCACAGGCCUCUCUGGCUAGAGCUCGCCAACAGGCUGAUGUUCGCCGUGAGGCUCGUGUUGCCCAACAGGUGAACGGUCCCCUACCCGUUCCUCAGACUCCUGCCAACGCAAACCACGACGCCCUAGUCGCGAACCUUGAACAAACCGUGACCCGCCUGGAAGAGUCAUUGGCACGUGAACAGGUUCAGAACGAACACGUCGCGAACCUUCAACAAACCAUGGCCCGCCUGGAAGAGUCAUUGGCAAGUGAAAAGGUUCAGAAUACGGAGUACCAGAAUACCCUUCGCGCCAACCAGGAAUUAUAUUGGCAACAUUUGAUGUUUUUCCGAGCAUUGAGCAAGGAGGAGUAUGACGAAGCUGUCGGCAAUGCCUUUCCGGAUAUUCUCAACUGUUUUGGCGAGGCUUUUGACCGUUUGGUUGAAAACCGAGCUGCCAGUCUGAUCAGCCGCCAGGACGAGGCUAUUGCUGCCCCAGUCCCACUGAUCAAUCGAAAUAUUCCGCAGAUCGGCACCGAUGAAAUGGACCAAAAGAAGAAGCCGACAUCGACAGAGUACCAACAGACCAAUAUCGAGGUCAUGGAGGGGAUUGAGGACUCUCCUGAAGUUCCUCACAUGGACGGGGUUGAGUAUCCCACGGAGUCAUCCGUGUUUGCUCAGGUUUCUUCCAUGGAGGGAAUUGAGGGUACUGCUCCGGUCCCCUGCAAGGCUGAGGUGGAGGUUGACUCAGUGUCUGGCUCCCCGAAGGAAAGCGAGGCCGUCCGGGAACUGUACAACGUGGCGAAGGAAAUUGCCCAAUUGAAGUUCCCCGAAUCGCACCUGCAGGGAUAUUACACGGCCAUGAAUCGGCUCAAGAGCGCCCUCGACAACCAAGAAGCUGCACUCGCGCAGCUUGGCUCCGAGAGCCGUCGGGCAGUUAAGGAGGAUAGCCGGGAUGACCAACUUGCGCGCGGCAUACGUACCGGACUUCAGGCUCAAGACCCAGUGCAACAGACAGAGGCCAAACUCCGAGAGGAACUGCGUCUCUCGCAAGAGAGUGUAGCCGCCUAUGAGGAGACGGUCAAGCAAUGGGCCGAAGGAUACCAAGAAGUCGAAGAAAUGUACAACGAAGCCAAAGAAAUUCGGCUCCACGAGAGGAUUUAG